AGAUAUUUCAGUAAUUAGUCUUAGUACAAGUAAUAUAUUUAUUUGAAUUAUUUCUGUACUUUUAAUUGAACUUUAAUUCUAUGCAUUUCUGAAUAAAAUUUGACUAUAUAUUUAAAUGAGAAGGAGAAAAAAAUCCCAACAUAAUACUUAUAUGCUAUAAACUGCAACAGAGGAAGAGGGGACAAUGUCCACUUCACAUGAUCCCGGACCUAAAGAAUCCACACAUGUGGAGUUACAUCAUCAUGAAAUGGCUACAGUUGAUGCUGAUGACCGAACUGUAGAAGAUGUCAGUGGAUGUUUAGAAGGAGGAAGUGAAGACUCUCUGGGAUCAAAUCCUGAUUUUGAGGUGAAUGGCCAUCUCUCGGAUGCUGAGGCAUUGGAAAUUGUGGGCGAAAGUGUUGAUCCAGUUAUGGAGAAGCAAAGGGAUGACUUAUUACUGGAGCCGAAGGCAUCCCAAGAACAAUUUGAAUCCUUCGAAGAGAAGUCUGAAACUACAGACGGAGGAAGCUGUUCGAGUGCGUAAGUCCCCAAACUCCCAUCUAGAAGCUCCUGAACCCGAAGACAAAUGCAUGAUUGUAGAAGAGGCAAUCAGACUAAUCGAAAAAGAGUUGGAAAAUGGAGAGAACAACCAUGAUGGUAACACAAUCCAAUCUUGUGGAGAGCCAGUGAUAGAACCAGAUUCUUUCAACUUAACUGAGCCUCAAUCUGAAGUUGCAACGAUUGUCUCUAUACUUAAGAGCGUCGAAAAGGUACAUGUAUUUAAUCCUUUAAGUGACAGAGAUUGUCGAAUAGAGGAGACAAAAGUUGAUGAGAACGGCAA